CUCUCGCAGGUAGGUGGGGUCAGGCUUGAACAAAACCCUUCCCUGGCUCUCACACACUGCCCUCAAUACCACAGUGCCAGUAGAACACAAACAGACCGGGACAAUAGCAGAAAGGAGACACUGGGACACCAAACCGUUCAUAUCGCAGCUAUUUACGACAGGAGUAUCUGCAAGAAAAGAUCUGUCAAUCGGCUGUCAAUCAUCCUGUGCAACAUGACCACCAACAAACCGGUCCAGCGGCGCAUCGUUUCCAAGGACGGCCACAACAACGUGAGGGUCGACAACGUGGAAGGCAUGGUCAAGCUGUACCUGCACGACAUCUGGACUACCGUGGUGGACAUGAAGUGGCGCUACAAACUCACUCUGUUCGCCUCCACCUUCGUCAUGACCUGGUUCUUUUUCGGGGUUAUCUUCUACUUCAUCAGCAUGGGAAACGGGGACUUUGAGGCGGUGCUGCCGUCCAACCACACACCCUGCGUGGAGAACGCCAAGACGCUGACCGGCGCCUUCCUCUUCUCCCUGGAGUCGCAGACCACCAUCGGCUAUGGCUUCCGCUACAUCAACGAGGAAUGCCCUCUGGCCAUCUUCACCCUGGUGGCUCAGCUGGUGAUCACCGGACUGGCAGAGAUCUUCGUCACCGGGGCUUUCCUGGCCAAGCUGGCUCGGCCCAAGAAGCGCGCCGAGACCAUCAAGUUCAGCCGCUCGGCGGCGGUGUGCCGGCGGGAGGGGAAGCUGUGCAUCAUGGUGCGCGUGGCCAACAUGAGGAAGAGCUUGCUGGUCCAGUGCCAGCUCACGGGCAAGCUCCUCCACCCAAAGGUGACGCAGGAGGGCGAGAAGACACUGGUGCACCAGAGCAGCGUCAACUUCUACAUGGACUCCAGCGGCGAGUGCCCCUUCCUCAUCCUGCCCCUGACCUUCUACCACGUGCUGGACGAGAGCAGCCCCCUCGUGGGCCUGACGGCCGACAACCUGCACACCCGAGACUUUGAGCUGCUGGUGACCCUGAACGCCACCAUGGAGUCAACGGCUGCCACCUGCCAGAGCCGCACGUCCUACGUGCCCCAGGAGAUCCUGUGGGGCUACGAGUUCAAGCCGGUGCUCUUCAGCAACAACAACAGCCGCUAUGUGGCCGACUUCAGCUUCUUUGAUAAAGUGCAGGCGAGCGCUGAUUCCAUGUUUCUUAGCAACAACACAGAGAAGCUCAAGCUGGAGGAAGAAUAUAAAAAGGAGUAAUUCGACCUACUAGCAAAAACAACUGCAUGCAACUUUUCGUUUCUUAUUUUGUCAUUUUACAUGCUUAGGAGAUGAUGGACAACCUAUUGUCUGUCAUGAAACAAGCAACUCUCAAAAACACACAGAGUUAGCCCUGAUGCCUCCAGAAUACACUGCACAGUGUAGGCUUUCACUGGGCUGCUUCAGAGCUAGCAUCUCUUUUUGAUCUUGUCAGGGCACACUGUGCAGGCACUAUGGAUCAAGAGUAUGGCUUUUUAAAUACUCUGCCUCGGUCAAUGGUUGCGAUAUGUUUAAGAUUUAUGAUAGCAAUUUGAAUAUAGGACCUGAAUUUGAGUAUGUUGGUCAAUGAGGGGACAGGUAGCGGUAUUGUGUGGUAACUGGUUGGACAGGUGUACAAUAGAACUGUAAAACAAUCCACUCCUUUGAAAAUGUUCUAGACGUUCUUGUAUUUCAAGAUGGAAAGGGGUCGGUUAGAAGGAGAUUAAUGUCAUAUACCUUAAUUUCAAUCAUUUAUUUCUACAACUAGUUUGAUUCUAUCUUUUCACUGAUGUAGGGUUUUUAAAGUCAAUACAAUGCCUGUAUUUCAUGGUCAUCCUCAUUCAUCAUUUCAAUUUGAUAAAUUGUUACAUGAUAUAUAUAUAUAUAUAUAUAUAUAUAAUUGCUGAACACAGAUCAGUUAAUUAAAAGAUAAUAGUCUUUCUGCU